UCCUUGACUACGGCCACGUUGGUGCGGUGGCUGGUUUUCAUUAUUUGUCUAUUAUCCUGUUCCCGUCCCUUCCGUCCUAUCUCGGUACCACCGACACCCGCCAGAAUGAACCCGACCUUCGUGAACACGGUGACGAGGUCAAUGGCCCGGCCCUGCCAGCUUCAAGGCUCUCUGGUUCGAUCCGUGAGACCUUUCUCGACGACUCAGAAGACCUUUUCGGACGCCCGAGACAGAACCCGCCAGAUGGAGCGACAGAUCCUGAACAUAUCCUCGGAGUCGGGCGCCGCGGCAAAUGAUAACUCGCCACUGAACGCGAUCACUCGAAUGAUGGAGCAAGAGAAAAUCCGUACCAACCAGAGCGUCACUCGCGACUACUCCCGGAUGGCCGAGGUCUUGGAGGCCGACCUGAUCAAACAACCGUAUUCCGACCGGGCUCCUCCGCACCAUCUCCAUGUCUUUUCGCAUAGGCACAACACUAUCCUGACCCUGACCCGUCCGAACGGCAAUCCGAUCCUAUCGAUGGGCUGUGGUAAUCUGGGCUUCCGCAAGGCCCAGCGUGGAGGAUACGACUCGGCAUAUCAAUUGACUGCCCACGUGUUCGGUCAGAUGCAGGAGCGAGGCCUACUACCCAGCAUCAAGCGAUUGGAGAUCAUCUUCCGCGGAUUCCAGCAGGGGCGCGAGGCUUUUACGAAGGUUUUGCUGGGUAACGAGGGGAGGAAUGUGCGAGGGCUGGUGAGCGGCGUGUCGGACGCGACUCGCCUCAAGUUCGGUGGUACCCGAAGCCAGCGGGUUCGCCGGCUGUAGAUGCGACGGACAGGGGACAGAUUCUGUGUUGAUAGAGUGCUUGGGAGACAAGGGCACGAUAAUUCUGAUACCCGGUCGAAGUCGGGUUGUGUUUUGUUCAUGAUGUUUGUAUUAUACUAGCCAAUGGGAAACCCGGGACAAAUCGACGGGUAUUUGAUAAGAUCCAUGGAGGAUUGGAGCAUUGCACUCUAUCUAUUCCAAGUCUAUAUACCGUAUUCUG